GAAGAGGCGCUGGCGGUGCUGAGGGCGGACGAGAUGGAGCGGGCGUACGUCGUCAAGUGGUUGAUGGGUUUCGUGAAGCGCUCGGAUGCAUGGAUCGGAGGGGCUGGGGAGGAGGCUGGGGCCGCUGUAGAGGAGGAAGAAAGUCGGAUGGAUCUGGUGGACCGCGCGACGACGCUCCUGGCGCGUUUCGCCGGGGACGACGAGCCCGAGGAAGCGGUGACACGCACCUUCACGUUCCCUUUCCUUGUCGAUGACGCCUCAUCACCGAACGAGCCUAUCAAGGCUGAGCUCAACGACGCACCUCUGACAGGAGUUGAUCAUACCGCCGUCGGUCUGCAGAGCUGGGGCACUGCUGUCGUCUUCUCCGCGCGGCUCUGCGCCGAACCAUUGCGCUAUUUUCCCAUAACGUCUACAUCUGCAUCUGUAUCUCAGCCCUUCUCUCGACCUGCCCGCGUGCUCGAGCUCGGCGCGGGCACCGGCUUGCUCAGCAUUGUCGCCGCACAGAUUCUCCAGCGACUGGGGGCGCCCGCCGAAGUCCUCGCAACAGAUUACCACGCCGACGUCCUCGCCAACCUCUCCGCCAACGUCGCUUCGAACAGGCUGGAUAACUUGGUGUGCGUCACCGCCCUCGACUGGGUAUCGCCGCCCCCAGCAGAGGAGAUGGGCAUGUUCGACGUCGUUCUCGCAGCGGACGUUGUGUACGAGCGCGAGCACGCGCGGCUGAUUAGGGACGUGGUCCACCGGGCGAUGAGGAAGGAUGGCGUCAUGUGGCUCGCGAUGCCGCUGCGCGAGACGGGGCGGCAUGAGGGUAUGGAGAGGUCGGUGCGAGAGGUGUUUCCUGGGAUUGCUGAGCUUGAGGGUGAGGGAUUCAAGGGCAGGGAAGACGAGCUCGUCAUCGUCGAGAGGGUGGAUAUGCAGAGGAGGGAGGGAGUUGGUAGGGCAGACGAGGACGGGUAUAAGUUGUUCGAGAUUCGGUUUGCU